AACCUCACCCAGCGAGGAGGGCGAGAGAGAGAAAGAGAGAGAGAGACAGAGCGCUGAACUAAGGGAGGGAGGCAGCGAGCAAAAGAGAGAGAGAGAAAGGAAAGAGAGAGAGAGAGGCGUACAGCGGGUUGGAGCUCCGGAGCAGAUCUGUGAUAACGGACACACUGCAUGAUGCGUGAAUACAAGUUAGUAGUCCUUGGCUCUGGAGGUGUCGGCAAGUCCGCUCUGACUGUUCAAUUUGUUCAAGGGAUCUUUGUGGAGAAGUAUGACCCUACAAUAGAAGACUCGUACAGAAAGCAAGUGGAGGUGGAUGGACAGCAGUGUAUGCUGGAAAUCCUGGACACUGCAGGGACGGAACAAUUCACAGCCAUGAGGGACCUGUACAUGAAGAACGGCCAGGGCUUCGCACUAGUAUACUCCAUAACGGCACAGUCCACAUUCAACGACCUGCAGGACUUGAGAGAACAGAUCCUGCGAGUUAAAGACACUGAUGAUGUGCCGAUGAUCUUGGUGGGGAAUAAAUGUGAUCUGGAGGAUGAGAGGGUGGUGGGAAAGGAGCAGGGACAGAACUUGGCCCGCCAGUGGAACAACUGCGCCUUCCUGGAGUCCUCUGCAAAGUCCAAGAUUAACGUAAAUGAGAUCUUCUAUGACCUGGUCCGGCAAAUCAACAGGAAAACUCCAGUACCUGGGAAGGCACGCAAAAAGUCCAACUGCCAGCUGCUCUAAUAUACAGCUGUUCUGUCGCUCUGAGCCAGGUCUGAUUAACUGCUGUGUCUUUCAGCAGUGCCAGCAUUCCGACGUUACUAAAACCUAACAUCGAAUGGACUUUCCUGUGUGGUGAUGCCCCUUUAACAAAACCAACCAACCAACCAACCAACCAACCAAGCAAACCAACCAACAGAUUUCAAAGCUACAGUAUCAUGUUAGUUUUUUGCACAUAGAUAACCAUGAUCACUUUCCAAGUGUCGCAAGAAAGAGAUUUUUACUUAUAAAUAUAUAAAUAUAUAUUCUAACUGUAUGCAACUGAAAUAGAAAAAGAUAAUGACAUGGAUAAAUGAAUAAAGCGCUAAAAGAAUUUUAAAAGAACACAGCACCUACACAGUGUUAUUGCUAACGGAGACAGCCACCGUUGGAAAUGUAAGGAGCGAGUGUUGAACCUGACUGUGCACGUUGCCAUGGCAAUUACAAUGAUGCGAUAUUUAUAAGCACCACUAUUUUAGCCAGAGAUGAAAGGAAGUCCAAAGAGCGCCUAUAUAGUCCAUUUCAUACAGCUAACUUCGCUCCUUGGUUUCUGUGCAUUUCUUUUUGUUUUUUUUGUCUUUUGUAACUUUUCUUGCUUUUAUUUUCUUCUUGAUUUUCCUUCUCUUGCAUUUUCUCUUUUUUUAACGUUACUAGAUUUUUUUUUUUUUUUUUUUUUUUUUGUCUUCUGAGGUGGUAUAUCGCAAGAACUAUUGAUGAGUUUUAUCUUUAGGAAAAACCUGUGGAUACAGUGAUGUACAUGUAAAAAGUAAAAAAAAAAAUAUAUAAUGAUUUCUGUCACUAUCAUGUUGUCCUUAGCCUCAAAUGUUGCCUUCAAAUAUGUGUUUAGAUCUUUUUUUUUCUUUUCUUUUUUCUUUGAGGAAAAUCCAGCUUAACAAAAAUUACCAAAAAAAAAAAGGAAAAAAGAAAAUCCAUCGCUCAUGCCAGGUUAUCUUGUUUACAGAUAUGUUUGUACAGUGGGUGGGGUUUCAAAAAGGGGGCACUGUUGGAAGGGACUUGGCAAACCCAUGCUUUAGCAAUGAGACUUUUGGAAGAGUGUGAUGUCGUAAGCCCCAAACCUCACCUCUGUGACAUCACCUCUCAUUGGCUGAGCUUAAAGUAGACAGUCCAAUCCCACAUCACAGAAUCCCCCUAUAUUUUAAAGAAUUGGGGUUUUUAUUACAAAACAAAUGGAACAAAUGUCAUCAGUCCAAUUACUGUAGAUUUCCACUGUAUGUAACUCCGCCCUUUGCCUGCUAAUGCAUCUGGUAAACUGAGGAUAUGAAAACCAUAUUGGAUCCAUUCAGUAAAGAAAAAAAUCUUGCCUGUUAGUGACUGUUUCACCUUUGUAAUACUUGGUUUGACCUGUUUUCUGUCUGCGUUCCUGUGGGGUUAACUGUAGUGAAUGUCAGGGGUGGGGAACUUGUGUGAAUGAGCAGGGAGAAAAGGGAACAAUGGGGGGGGGGUUGACCAUACUGUACCAAGUGCAAUCAUAUAAUGCAUUCAUAAAGCAUUCAUAAGACCAGGAUAAACUGCAGCCCAGUGUCUUUCCCACCAUCAACAUCCAUGUUCUGUAUUUCAGAUUGAAUAUAAUAUACAGUUUGUGCAUAAUGAAUGCUUUAUGCAUGUGUUCUGAGGUUCCACUCAGUAUAAAAUUUGACCGACACAACAACGAUGGAUACAGUGUCUUCUGCUGAUCCUGUAGCCAAAUGCCUUGUUGCAGUUUUGUUCAUAACAAAAAAAAAAACCAUACAAACAGUAAAACAAAACAUCUCAUUGAUGUUAACCUUGGCCUGAGAGAGAUAGAACCACAGUAUUUGAAAUGCAGCAUCUGCUUAAUAGUGGGGUGGGGGGGGGAUGGGUGGCCAAAUGUAAACUUAAAAGCCUUAAUUAAAGUGGUGCAAUUUUGUAUAACCAAGCAUCUGUAGUUCAAUAAAUUGGAUUGCCAUGCAAGGGCUUGCAAGAAGCCAGUUUUGCCACUUGGAUGUUUGUGUAUUGUUUCAGAGUUCUUCUGUCAAUAAAAAUCAGUUUAACAUUUUCUCUA